UCCCAGAUGAAGGACCAUGUCAUCACGUAGCUCUGGGGUGGCCUUGGGGCUCGGUUCCCAGCCCGGCUGCAGCACACCUCUGCCUGCGCAAAGAAAUUCCUUCCCAGCGCUGCAACUCCUUUCGCCACAGAGCCGCUCGUUUGCCCUGCUCAGCCAGGAGGACUUCAAGAGCUUCAGUGGGAGCUUCUGCGCUGCGAGCGAUGUUUUGGGGGCUGAUCUCUUGGACUGCGACUACUCUGUCCCUGACCCGCAGCUGGUCAGGAGGAUUGUGUCCCAGGUGGAAUACUACCUCUCUGAUGAGAAUCUGGCCAAGGAUGCUUUCCUCCUGAAACACGUCCAGAAGAACAAGAUGGGUUUUGUCAGCAUCAAACUGCUGACGUCCUUCAAGAAGGUGAAAUACCUGACGCGUGACUGGCGGCUGACGCUCUACGCCCUGCAGUUCUCGGAGUUGCUGGAGGUGAACGAGGAGGGCACCAAAGUGAGGCGGCGGGUCCCCAUCCCCGAGUCCCUGCUGAGCAUCCCCCCCAGCAAACUGCUGCUGGCCUGGGAGCUGCUGCCCCCGGAGCAGGACGUGCUGCUGCCGCUCCAGAAGAAUUUCCUGGAGACCAUCACGAGGAUGUUCAGCCCCUUCGGCGCCAUCGCCUCCAUCCGCAUCCUGCGGCCGGGCCGCAAGCUGCCCUCGGAUGUGCGGAAAUACACGUCGCGCUUCCCGGAGCUGCUGAGCAAGUGCUGCGCGCUGGUGGAGUACGAGAGCCUGGAGAGCGCCCGCAGCGCCUUUGAGGACCUCGGCCGCCAGAGCCGCCUGGGCGGCGAGAACAUCAGGGUGGUCCGGCUCUGCGGGAAGGGCUCUAAGAAGAAAGCCGGGGUCGAGAGGAAGGUGGCAGAGAAGCUGGUGGACCAGCCGGGUUGGAAAGCACAGGCGGUGGCCGCGACCUUCCCCUACGGCCUCGGGGACUCCCUGCUCUGCAGCUCCCCGGAGUCGAAAGGUGCCCAGGCGUUGCCACCCCUCCUCCUGCGCAGGGACCCCUCGGCACCCUCCUGGCCCGGCAGCGACUUCAAGCCCGGCGAUUUCGGCAACGCCUUCACCGGAUCGCUCCUCACCAGGAAAGUCUUCCCUCCGCUUGGGACAGGCUUGGGCACGGCCAACCGCUACGGCCUCUGCUCCAGCCCCGAGAGCACCCGUGGCUGCGGCUGGGGGAGCGGGGUGGGUGCCUGGGCACCCUGGCCCAGCAGCCCCUCUCCAGAUGCCAAUCGUCUUGCCGGCAAUCCCCCGGCAGCGAAACGGGUGCCUGAGCCCCUCGGCCUGCGGGAUGAGCUGCUUCGCCUGCCCCACGGCCCCGAUGGCACCAAGGGCUUUUGCGGCAGCUUUGGGAGAGGAGAGCUCGUCCUCCGGCGCUGAGGCUCCUUUACGUUUGGGUUUGGGGCUUUUCCUUUUCUUUUCUUUCCUUUUUUCCUCCUCCUCUUGAGCAGAAGGACUCUCGGUGGCCCCCGAGAGCUGCGGGCGGUGGCGGUGCAGCGGCUCCAGGGGACAGUUUUGGGGCAAGGACAGUGCUUGGGGCGAGUCAGCGUGCGGGGCGAGACGCUGAGCAGCAGCGGCACCGGGAGCUGCGCCGUGCUGACGCCGACGGGACUGCCCCUGCCCGGGGUCCGGAGCGGCUCCCGCUGCCCCAGCGGCACCCCUGGGACUGCCUGAAGGAAGGGGCUCGGCCCCCCCCAACCCCUCGGUGCUGGGGGACCAACCCGACGGGGACCUCACCCUGCACCUUCUGCAAGGCAGACCCGGAAAGGUGAGGCUGCUUCUCGAAGGUGCCGUGGGCUGCCUUGCUCCCAGGUUGUGGAGCUGGGAUGGGAAAUGGGCAAUAAAGAGAGAUGAGCUUUCCAGGCA